AAUAAGAUUCCCAGGACCUAACCAAACCACUGUUUCACGCAUAACUUCUCCAUCACUCACCGGAUAAACCUCCGUCGUCUUCCGCCGCAACUUCUCUCCCCAUGGCCGGCGUAAACCUACAGCUCCGUCACUCGUACUCUAUCGCUCAAUUCCUCCCAAAUGUUUCUUCUCCUCCUCCUCCUCCUCAGCGAGUUCGUCUCUUAACUUCACCCUCUCGUGUUCUCUUCUCUAAUCUCCGGGCCAAUUCUCCAACCUUACGAACCACUCGCCGCUCUGAUACUAUCGCUUCGUCUUCCGUAUCCUCCGCCGUAGAUUCUGAUUCGUUGGUGGGAGACGGCGGUGAAGUGGGGAGGAUCCCUUUGCUGGAGGUUAAGGAAUUGAGAGCUGUGAUCGUUGAAACGAGGCAGGAGAUACUUAAAGGCGUCAACUUGGUUGUCUACGAAGGAGAGGUUCACGCAGUGAUGGGGAAGAAUGGUUCAGGGAAGAGCACAUUCUCUAAGGUUCUUGUUGGUCAUCCGGAUUACGAAGUGACUGGGGGAAGUAUUGAAUUUAAAGGGCAGAAUCUGGUUGAUAUGGAACCGGAGGAGAGAUCUCUUGCUGGUCUCUUCAUGAGUUUCCAGUCUCCUGUUGAGAUCCCUGGUGUUAGCAAUAUGGAUUUCUUGAAUAUGGCUUUCAAUGCUCGGAAACGGAAGCUCGGUCAGCCUGAGCUUGAUCCAAUCCAGUUUUACAGCCACUUAGUAUCAAAACUUGAAGUUGUGAACAUGAAGACCGAUUUUCUGAACAGGAAUGUGAAUGAAGGAUUUAGUGGUGGUGAAAGGAAACGCAAUGAGAUUCUACAGUUAGCGGUACUUGGAGCAGAGAUGGCUAUACUGGACGAGAUUGAUUCAGGGUUGGAUGUUGAUGCUCUUCAAGAUGUGGCAAAGGCGGUGAAUGGUCUUUUGACACCAAAAAACUCUGUGCUGAUGAUAACCCACUACCAACGCCUACUUGACUACAUUAAACCAACUCUCAUUCACAUCAUGGAGAAUGGAAGAAUCAUUAAAACCGGAGACAACUCCUUGGCAAAAUUACUGGAAAAGGAAGGCUACAAGGCCAUAUCCGGUUAGUUAUCUCAGAUCAUAGUAAACCGCUCUUCCUUCUUCUGAGAGACCGACCAGACUGUUGUUUAAUGUCUCAAAAGACAUUGGAAUCUGAAGAUGAUGUCUGAAAAGUCAAAAAAUUUUUGCUUCAUUGUUUUUUUUUUGCUUCAGUGUUUUCAUGCCUUUUUUUGUAACUAACAAUAAAUUCAGUUAAAUAACCCCAUUUAUGUUCAAGUGGGUACACUAGAAAAUAAAAAUGUUCAGACAACGUGAUCGCUGGUGAAUUAAAACGCAAA